AUGGCGUCUCACUGGAUUCCUGAAGACGAUUUCAUUCUCAGAAAUUCAAUCGAGAAUGGAGUUUCUCUAGAGUCGUUAGCCAAAGGAGUGGUCAAAUUCUCUCGAAAGUUCACGAUUUCGGAACUAACAGAUCGAUGGCAUUCACUUCUCUACAAUCCUCAAGUCAAAUCUUUAUCUUCAUCAAUCGGAUUCGAGCUCCAAUACUCAGCUCAAUUCCUUUCACAAAGUCAAAAUCAUGGUCAUCACAACACAACACAAGUCAGGUCUCAGUACUACACGGCGCGUAAGAGGAUGCGUUUGGAACAGCCUCCUAGUGAUCAUCUUGAUUCGGUUGCAGUUCCUGUUGCUGUUGCUGAGGAAGAAGGGAGUGCGUUUAGAGAUGUCGAGUGUUAUGAUUUCUUGGAUGAGAUUGAUGAGUUUGACAUUGACAAUUUUCACAAUUCUUUCCUUGACAUUGAUCUUGAUCAUGAGGAUGCUGAUGCUGAUCGGAUGGUGUAUCAGUUGUUCGACCACAAUGAUGAACAGGUUCAAGACUGUAAUGUUUUAGACACAACAAGAACAGAACAUGUUUUGCUUCAACAAGAUCCUCUGUUUCAACAGCCCAAUACAUCUUUCAAUCAAACAACAUCACACUCACAUCACCAAGUAGAGACUUGGGAUCCACAUCCAGAAAUGAAGAACGGUGUUAUCAUAUGUGUUCUAAACACCGAAUCUGAUGAGAUUCCAGAUAACGAUGAUUUCAACCCGCUACUGUGGAAUCCAAAAGCUCGAAACUCGGUUAUGCCUUCAUCACCAUCAUUGAGGAAGCAUAUGAGACCACCUCUGCUUCUAAUCAGAGGAUCAUCAUCAUCACAAGCCAGAGGUAAUGACAUGAUCCAAAGUUAUGGUUUUGGAGAUUCCGCUGUUACGACACAAGCAAGUUCUUCAACUGCAUUCCAAGAUAGCUUUACCGAGAAUGCGACAUCUAGUUUUACCGCAACAACUUCAGCAUCUCUUCAACAUUCUACAGAGAAUGAAGUCUUUGGACAGACAUUGAGUAGUGCAGAGAUGGAUAUAAACGGUCCAAUGUCAGAAGAACAAGAGGAGAAUAAUAACAAAAUCAGUGAUGAAGAUUUACCUUCAUAUUCAGAUGUUGAAGCUAUGAUUCUUGAUAUGGACCUUGAACCGGUUGGUCAAGACCGGUACGAUUUGGAAGCUAGAAGAUAUCGAAACGAGGAAAUGGUGCGAAUGAUAAUGAGAUUAGAGCAGAGUGCUGAGUCUUACAUGAACCGCGACAUUGCUUCUCAUGGAGCUUUAGCUCUUCUGUAUGGAAGUUCUAAGCAUUACAUUAAUAAACCAGAGGUGUUACUUGGAAGAGAAACUGGAGAAUAUGCAAUAGAUAUCGACUUAGGAAAGUCCGAGUCUGGAACAACAGUCUCUCGAAAACAGGCUCUAAUCAAGUUGAAGCAAGACGGGUCUUUUGAAAUCAAGAAUCUUGGGAAAUAUUCCAUAUGGAUAAAUGAUGCAGAAAUUGUAAAAGGAGAAGUUGUUAAUCUCAAGAACAAUUGCUUAAUCCAGAUACGAGAGUUGACAUUCGUCUUCGAGAUGAACAAGACUUGUGUCAAAAGAUAUUUAGAUGGAAUUGGCAAAUGA